AUACUCACAUCCAUCAUGGUCGCCCAACCCAAAUUAACCUUCUACACCAGCGUUGUCUGCCCUUACGCACAGCGAGCUGCUAUUGCUCUCAACGAAGUUGGCGCAGAGUACGAAAAGGUUGAAAUCGACCUCCAGAACAAACCUGCCUGGUACAAGGAUGUUAACCCUGAAACCAAGGUCCCAGCUCUCACCGUGGAUGAUUACAACAUUGCCGAGUCCCUUGUCCUUGUAGAGCUUGUGAACGACUUGUUCCCGGAGAAGAAGUUGCUACCUGACAACGCUUUGAAGCGUGCUCAAAUCCGAUUCUUCGUCGAAUACUGGAGCAGCAAAAUCAGCCCUCAGCAAUGGAAGAUCAUCGGCAACCUUGAGGAUAAGGAAGGGCGUCAAACUGCUUAUAAUGAUAUUAAUGCUGCUUUGGUCAGAAUUAAUGAAUUGUUGCUUGAGCAAUCUCAAGAAGGACCUUACUUCUUGGGCAAGGAAUAUUCCAUUGCUGAUGUGAAUGUCGCUCCAUUCGCAUACCGCUUGAAGGUCUUGGUAUCCCAUUUCUUCAAGGACGAGAUUGAGCUUAUUGACUUUGCAAAGUACCCUCGAGUUAAGGAGUUCUUGGCGGGCAUUACCGAACGAGAUUCGUUCAAGGCCACUAUCGCCAGUGAGGAGUAUUUGGCACAAGCAUACGAAAAGGCUCGUGAGAGAUUCGCUGCUGCCGCUAAGAAAUAAUAUGGAUUGUAAAGCAAUUUUGAAAUAAAGACUUUUUUUAAUCGUAGGUGCCUGUCGUUUUUCUGCACACGUUAUCAACACAAACAGCGAUCGAUGCCAAAAGAAUGGUGGAUGUCACACCUUAUCACACCUUAGCUCUUGCUAUUCCAUUUGGUUAUGGAUGAACUGGCGAUCGUCUUCUCCUGCAUUUUCAGC